AGUGCUCACAAUAAGCGACCCCAGCUCAUAAAAGAGGAACGAGCGAAAUAACAUUUAUCUUCCUAUCUCCUUUACACACGAACUGUCGAUGGUUAUGUUGUUGCUCAAAGAAUAAUCGUGAAUUUGGUGCAACAAUUUUCCCUAAAAAAAGCAAUAAUAAUACAAUCAGUGACGUUGUGAAGUGAUAAAGUGAUUCACCAACAUUCAGCCAGUCUACCGAUUCUCACGGAAUUUUUGUGAUUUCACUCACUUGCCGUAUUUUCCGCAACAUAUUCGAGGCGUGGCUUUUUUCGCUGGCUAAUAUUCUUUAUUAUUUAAGCUUCUGAAUUAACUUGGAGACAGACUAUCUCACGGCAUAAUCAUGGUAUCCUACACACUGGCACCCUUCCAGGAGCCCCGUGGAGUAAUGAGAAUCCUGCAAUUUAUCUUUGCAAUUUGCGCUUUUGCCACCACCGUCAACUUCUCUACAACGUUAACAAUGCAGAAUUGCGAUUUAAAAAAUGAAACUCGUAGCUUUGAUCUGGAGUAUCCCUUCCGAUUUGCUGCUACGCUUUGCAGAGUUGGUGAUACAGAUAAGAGUGUAUCCGCCAUUGUGUCUUCAGAUGCUCAAUUUUUCGUGGCCACUGGUGUCCUGUCGCUUCUUUACUGCAUUUUCAUAAUUGUCGUGUAUGCUUUUAUCGAUGAGCUGUAUAAGAGUAAGACGGAGAUACCCCUCGCGGACUUCAUGCUAACCACCGUUCUCGCGGUGUUCUGGCUCUCCGGAAGUGCUGCCUGGGCAAAUGGUACUAACGCCCUUAAGAGUGUAACUGAUCCAACUGAUAUUAGGACAUUGUGCGGUAAUCUCAACAGCUGCAUGGUGACUGUGGGUAGUUUCUCACGACUUAAUAUUUCUCUGAUCUUUGGCUUUCUCAACUUCUUCCUGUGGGCAUCUGAUUUGUGGUUCCUCUACAAGGAAACAAUUUGGUUCCAAUCACGACAGGCUGCAACAUCUCCAGGAGUCUAAGAGGGAUCUUCAAUAAUCCGUGCUUAACAAUCAUAUCUGUGGGCAGUACAAUGGUAAAAAUGAAAAUGAAUACAAAUGAAAAUCAUUUUUUUGAGUAAAGAAGUAUGAUGCCAUAGGCUGGAUUCUAUUGUACACCUUGAGAAGCCAUCAGUUAUUUUUAUUGUUUUGAUAUUUUAGUAAGUAAUUUUGGUCUCUUCUUCGUUUUAUUUUUUUUUUUAUUUCUGCCGAAAGCACAAAAUCAACUAGUCAGAGUCAGUUGUUGUAUUGCCAACAUGGCUGUUAACUUAAUUGAUUUAGUGAUUCGUUAUUAAUAUACAUAUUAAUUUUAAGACAUAAUAUGGCAAAGAAUAUGUAAUUUGUUGGAUGACCAAGAAAAUUUUACAAUUGAAUUACGAUGUAUAUAUGGCACAGAGAUCAAUUUAAUUAUUCGCAACUGAUUGUUGGUAGAAGACAUUGAGAGUGAGUCAUAUGUCAUCAAGUAUCAGACAAUGAGCUCAUAUCUUUACAAAAAUCUUUGCGAUGAAAAAUUCUGAAAAGAUUCGCAUUUGAAGGUGAAAAAAUGUAUAUAACAUUAUUCAAAAAUUGUUGAUGUAUAUGUAGGUAUUUUCUUUUUUUUGGUCAUCUAACAUGAGUAAUUUUUCUCCGGGUCCACGAAACACACGAUUUUAUUUUAAACUUUUUAUCUUAUUCUUUACACAACAUCUACUAUUAAAAUCAAUAUUUUUCUUUUAAAGAAAAAAAAAUAUAAUAAAUGAGUGAAGAAUACAAUAAUAUUGUCACCAUUUUUGCAUUUGCAAUGGGUCUACAUCUAUUAUAUAAAGGAACAAUACACAAUCACACGAUUUAGAUGAAUUUUUAAAAUGACAAAAGUUUAUUAAUUAAACUUGAAUAAAAUAUUUUUCUUGUUUUUUAUUUUAUAUGUAAAAAAAAACUUACCAGUAAUAAUCUCACAAAAACAUAUUUUUCUACAAAUUUGGAGAGUUAAUUUUUGAAAAGAUAAUACUAUUUACACAUAAAUAUACAAAAAUAAUUGAUGAAAACACAAAACAUUUUUCUAUAAUAUUCAAUGUUUCUUUUAUAUACACAUUCAUGUGCGAAAAAAUAGUAUAAAGACAUUUUUUUUUUGCAUUAUUCCUUUUAAAGAAGAGUUAUCAUCAUCAAGAAUUAAAAUUUAUUUUUUCUUUGAAUUAAUUCCCAUUAAAAUUUUUCUUUAGAAUAUAACCUUAUUCUGAAAUUUUUUGCUAUUUUUUGGCACAUGAUUGUAUCUUUUUAAAUAAGCUAGAAGAGAAUGGACUGAAAAACAAAGAGUUUUAAUUAAUUAAAGAGAUAAAAAUUGCAUAACACCAAUUGUCUCUACCUCCUACAUAUCUAACAAUAUUUUCUUCACACCGUUUUUUGCAUAAUUCAAUACAUAAUAGAUUCUAUUCUCUGAGUUUGUUCUUCACGGAAAUUAUUACAAAAAAAAUUAUUGUCUAACAUGGACAGAAUUUGUUCAAAUGAAUAAAGGAAAACGGAAUUUAAUAAAAGACAAUGUUAAGGGAAUAUUUUAUCAAUAAAAGUAUUUAAAGAAAAUUAAUAAGGAGAAAUAAUUUAAAAGAUAUAAAAGAUUUAAAUAGGAAUACUUGUUGGUUUUUUGGUGCCAAAUGAUUGUACAUACAUACCGUACUUUGAAGACAUACACAGAAAAAAAAAUAUUUGGAGAACUUAAAGAAGCAUAAAAUAUGUAUCUGAAAGUUCAUUAUAAAUAGAAAAAUAUGGAAAAAAUGUUGACAUAAAGAGAGUUGUAGAUUUAAAACACAAAUUAGUGUAGGUAACUCAAAAUGAGACACACACACGAUAAGAGAAGUUAUAUAUUAAAAAUAUUCAAUGUGUAUUUUCGCAAGUAAUGUUGCGACAAAUAUGAGAGCGAAAUUAAAAGUAUACCUUAUGUAUGUAUCGCAAAUAAAGAAGAAGUAACAACAAUGCCCCAGUGCAAAUAAUGCUGGGUUUUUUUUCUGUUUUGCUUUCAUGAUAUCAUGUGACAAUUUAGUGUUUAUGUGACGAAAAGCAUAGGAAUUUCAAACAAAAAAAAAAACAUUGUUAAACUUUUGUGACAGGAACUAAGGCUAGAAAUUGGCAAUAGAUAUUUUUUUCGUUGUAUUUUAUGACAUGAAUUUGGAAGCAAAAAAAUAAUCAAUUCUCCAGCAAAUCAAGUAAAAGAAAAUUGUACGGCAAAUCAUUAAAGUACUCGUAGCUUCAUGUUGUGCUUUACGUAAUUGUGCGAGAUGAAAGAAUAGUAUGAUUACUUAAUAGAAGAACACUUUACCUUUUAAUUUAACAUUAUUAUUUGAAUUAUUCUAUUUAAUGAAAUUAAAAUGUAGAUUCAUAUAGUAUACUUAGGUAUAUAGUACUAAAUUGUAGAUCUUUUCGGUUUUUGAUCUUUUUGAUCAUUACUUUUAGUUUUCAAAUAAUUACAGAAUGCAAUUUGUAGAUGACUUUUUUUGUCAAUUCAUUGAAUAAUAAAUCAAAAAUAUGGCAAUAACUUGAUUUUCUUACAAUAAUUUACAGAGAAACGAUUUUUUUUUAAAAGUAAAAACCAAUUUUUGGUUUUAUUUCCUACCAAAUAAUAAAACAGUCAAGUCACAAUAAUCGUAUACAAAGUAUUCCUUCAGUAAGUUACAGAAUUUAUUAUUUGUCUUGAACAAUUUUAUGUAAGGAAUUUAAUCAAAUUAAUCUUUAUAUUUAAAAAUUUGUCAGGUAUUUUAAUUACCUUAAAAUAUUAAAAUUACCUUUUACCUUAAAAAUCUGUCCACAAUUUCUCUUAAAUGUGUUUUAAUUCAGAUUACCCAACACAAGUGAAUAAUAAUUUUUAAUAUGUAUAAUUAUUUUAUAAUACCUACAAGUUUAUUAUCUUAAUUUUUUCUACAAGUAAUAUUUAGAUGAAACAUUAACCAGUAGUUUUAUGAUUAAGUAUCUUUAGGUAUGCGUAUGAUAAAUUCAUUAAAAAAAUAAAAAUAUAUUCACGAAUUAGUUAUUGAGCUUCACGUAUCAUGUAUAUAAGAAAAUAACAAUAAUUAGAUUUUAUUUAAUAUUAGUUAUAAUGUUACGUACAAGAGCGUAAUGAAAAUAUUUAAAACUUGAGUAAAGAGUUAAAUGAGUGUUCAAAAA